GAGAGAGAGAGAGAGAGAGAGAGAGGGAGUGAGAGAGUGAGAGAGCGAGAAAGAAUAAAAGGAAAGAAGAUUUUCUCUAUGUAUAUAAAGAUGGCUACGUUAGCAAACGGACAGGCUGACAAUACGAGCCUCAGUAACAACAGUCACGGCAGCCCGGGCAGUAACGGGCACAUGAACGGAUUAAACCAUAGCCCGGGGAACCCGUCUACCAUUCCCAUGAAGGACCAUGAUGCCAUCAAGCUGUUCAUUGGGCAGAUCCCCCGAAACCUGGACGAGAAAGACCUCAAGCCCCUCUUCGAGGAGUUUGGCAAGAUCUACGAGCUGACGGUUCUGAAGGACAGGUUCACUGGCAUGCACAAAGGCUGUGCCUUCCUCACAUACUGCGAGCGGGAGUCAGCCCUGAAGGCCCAGAGCGCACUGCACGAACAGAAGACGUUGCCCGGGAUGAACAGGCCCAUCCAGGUGAAACCUGCGGACAGCGAGAGCCGAGGAGGUCAUGACUAUGGACGUGAAAGGAGGACGAGGGAAGUAAAUAGCUGGCUAUAUAGAUGGUGUCAAAGAACAGGAUUUGUUUUUCUGGAUCAUUGCCAUGGAAACCAGAAAGAAGACAGAAAACUCUUUGUUGGCAUGCUCAACAAGCAACAAUCUGAGGAUGACGUCCGCCGGCUCUUUGAGGCCUUUGGAAACAUUGAGGAAUGCACGAUCCUCCGGGGGCCAGAUGGCAACAGCAAAGGGUGUGCCUUUGUGAAAUACUCCUCCCAUGCUGAGGCCCAAGCUGCCAUUAACGCCCUGCACGGCAGCCAGACCAUGCCGGGAGCUUCCUCCAGCUUGGUGGUCAAGUUUGCAGACACUGACAAGGAACGCACAAUGAGGCGGAUGCAGCAGAUGGCGGGCCAGAUGGGCAUGUUCAACCCCAUGGCCAUCCAGUUCGGGGCAUACGGAGCCUAUGCACAGGCACUGAUGCAGCAGCAGGCGGCCAUCAUGGCAUCCGUAGCACAGGGAGGCUACCUGAACCCCAUGGCAGCCUUCGCAGCAGCCCAGAUGCAGCAGAUGGCAGCACUCAACAUGAAUGGCCUCGCGGCCGCCCCCAUGACCCCAACCUCAGGUGGUAGUACUCCUCCGGGCAUCACUGCACCAGCUGUGCCUAGUAUCCCAUCCCCCAUUGGGGUGAAUGGAUUCACUGGCCUUCCCCCACAAGCUAAUGGACAGCCUGCAGCUGAAGCCGUGUUUGCCAAUGGAAUCCACCCCUACCCAGCACAGAGCCCCACGGCGGCUGACCCCCUGCAGCAGGCCUACGCAGGAGUGCAGCAGUAUGCAGGUCCCGCUUACCCUGCUGCCUAUGGUCAGAUAAGCCAAGCGUUCCCUCAGCCGCCUCCAAUGAUCCCACAGCAACAGAGAGAAGGGCCAGAGGGCUGUAACCUGUUCAUCUACCAUCUGCCCCAGGAGUUUGGGGAUGCUGAGCUGAUGCAGAUGUUCCUCCCUUUCGGUAAUGUCAUCUCCUCGAAAGUGUUUGUGGAUCGGGCGACUAACCAAAGUAAAUGCUUUGUGUUUCCCCCCACCCCGGGUGGAGUCGCGGACGGCGGCGUGGACGGCCCUGAGGCGGCCCCGUGGAAACCCCGGCCCUCGGUCUCCCCGUGUCCCCGCAGGCUUCGUGAGCUUCGACAACCCGGCCAGCGCGCAGACGGCCAUCCAGGCCAUGAACGGCUUCCAGAUCGGCAUGAAACGGCUCAAGGUGCAGCUCAAGCGGCCGAAAGACGCCAAUCGCCCCUACUGAGCGCCGGCGGGAGCGUCCCCCGGGGGAAACCAGGACUUGCACAGGGCCAGUCAAAUCCACCACAGUCUCGCGCUGAGCUAGGAAUAAAGUUCACGUAAUCACAUGAGAGUGGAGAAUACAGUCCCCCAUCCGGCAGGAUGCUGAAUGGGCUACAUUAAAAAAAAAACACAAACCUAUAUAUAUAUACAUAUAUAUAUAAAUGAGAACUGUUGGAUGACACCUUUGACAUAUCAGCCAAUAUCAAUAUCAAUCAAGCUGAAGACUCCAGACACACUCUCUGACUGUAACAUUUCUUCAAGAAAAGGAUCGCGUCUAUGGAGUUCAGAGGAUACGUACUUGGGGAAAAUAUAUAUAUAUAUAUGACUUAAAGAAGUUGAUGAAGAAGAAAAAAAUAAACAUAAACAUACACAAAAGGAAAUUAACUUUAAAAAAUAAAACAAAAAUAGACCAGAAAAGGAGGAUGAAAGGCCAGAAAUUGGGAAGAGAUGCUGGUUAUGGAUCCACGGGCUUUUUCUGCCAAUGGCGCCUCGUUGGGUGAGGCAGGCUGGAUGCCAGCCAUUGGGCAAGGCGGGGCAUGAUCCCCGGUUGUGGCCAAAAUAGUGGCCAUUGAGUAUCUGUAUCUGUCAUUCCUUUAGCUAUUUAGGGACCAAAGGACCAAACUUUUUAUUGCAGAUGUGUAGCUCUAUGUCAAAUAGAGGGGGAAUGGGGAGGGGAGGGAACAAGUCUCCUUCCUGCCUCAGGGCUGUUCCCAAAGCAGCCAAGAGCAAUUCAAUGAAAUAUGUAAUAAAAAAAAAAUACAAAAACAAGAACAAAAAAAAAAAAACAAAAACAAAAACAAAAAAAAAAAAAAAAGAAAAAAUCUGCUUCAAUGCUUUUAAACUGGCAAGAUAAUAGUUCUUUGAUACUAUGAGAGGCGCUUUGAUGACCUUUAUUCGAGUCUAUAAACCUUUCCUAUGGUUUUCUGUAUCAUAUGUAUGGAUGGAGAUUUUAAGACAAGCAAGAUGGAUAUUUGGGGAUAGCGGAAUAAAAAAAAAUCUAUAAAUAUCUUUGAGAUGGGAGGAAACCAAGUAAGGAAACAAAAUAAGGGAUAUAUACAAGGAAAGAUAGUUGUUGUGAAAAGUCUGUAAAUGCUUCUAACUCUUCCCCCACCCCUUUUAAAAUCCUAAUAGUUGUACAGAAUUAAAAAAAAAAAAAGAAAAGUUUAAAAUACCUAUAUAAUAGAAGAAAAAUUAGAGGAAAGAAAAAAAGCAAAAAAAAAAAAAAAAAAACUAUAGAAGUUAGCAUUCCUGCUAAAAAUCCAAGAUGUUGUAGAAUUGUAACUUUUGUAGAGUUUAGACUGAGCAUCAAUCCCCCUUCUCUCUGCCGAUCGCUGUUGGACAUUAUUUGCUGAGGGGGACCCUGGGCCACUCCUUUCCGAAACUGCGAGCAUUCCAGCUUCGUCCAGCCGGAGAAUUGAAAGCCACUCAGUUCUUGCUAAUCUGAUGGACAGAUGGACAGAAGGAUGGAGGCCGCCAGGUGGCAUGGGGGAGGCGACGCAAGGAACUCCGGGUUGUCUCUGUCUCUGACCUCGUCCUCUCCUUGAAUCCCACAGCUAUAGACUAAACGCUUCGCUCCCCCAAGGAGCUGCUCUCUCCGCAAGCCCUAACCACCUUCUGCUUCAAUAGCUUCCAUGCUCGCUCUAGAGACUUUCAGGGCAAGGGAGAACUGGGAACUUUCAUCUUAAAACGACACAAACAAAAACCUUAAAAACAAACAAAAAAAAAAAGAAAGAAAAAACACAAUCUUUGAAGAAUUUCUGAAACUGUUUACAAGGAAUUUUGAAAAACAGGGAUGUUUAAAAUGAUGCCGGCUCUGUUUUUCUGUAAAUAAAUUUGCAUAUUUUGUAGGACUUUUAAUUGUAAUGAUAGAGAAAAAACAAGGAAAACUAUUUAAUGAAAGCACGAUAUUUAUCUUUGGUAAAUGACUUUAGAGCAGUUAAAGACAUUGAUUAAAAACUCAGAAUCAGAAAAAAACACAAUUAUUUAAGAACAUAUAUUUUAAAGUAUAUCAUAUUUAUUAUAAUUUAUUUUCACCUUUAGAAAGACUUGCUUUGGCAUUCUGCCUUGACUCCUCCUUGCUUGAGUACAGGCCACCUGGUGUGGUAGGGGGAGUGGGAGCGUCUUUCCCAACUCCCCUUUUUUUUCUGUACUUUUUGGUUUAGAAGAUCAAGUUUCUCUUACUCCUCUCAGGCCUCUUUCCUUUCUAUUCAUUUGGUUUGUUUGGUUUUUUGGUUAGAUUUUUGUUUUUACUUUCCUCUCUCCUUUGGCUCCUCCUCUUUGGAAGUCCAGAUGUAAAAACAAACAAAACAAAACAAAACAAACAAACAAAAAAAAAACAGCUGCAGUUUGAUACAACUGCUCUUUUCACUCUCAAUUCCCUAAAACUCCUUGUAACCUUCUGUAACUAUUGGAUGACGCUUUCUCCAGCUUAGCCCUAAAUAAAGCACAGUUUAAAAAAAUAAAUAAAACAAAACAGGACCAUU